AUGAACCCAAGUCGCAAGAAGAAAAAUCUGUAUAAAAUCAUCAUCUUAGGGGAUUCAGGUGUUGGGAAGACUUCUCUACUCAACCAAUAUGUCACCAAACAGUUUUCGAGUCAGUACAAAGCAACAAUAGGUGCUGAUUUUAUGACCAAGGAUAUCACUAUCAAUGAAAAACAGUCCUCCCUUCAAAUUUGGGAUACAGCAGGGCACGAACGUUUUGCAUCGUUUGGAACAGCCUUCUAUCGAGGCGCUGAUGUCUGUAUGUUGGUGUGUGACGUGACAGUAGUCGAGUCGUUCGAGCACUUGGAAGUGUGGCGGAAGGAGUUCAUUAGCGGAGGAAACCCUAGCGAUCCGGAGACAUUCCCUUAUGUCGUGAUCGCCAACAAAGUCGACUGCGAACCCGCCAACCGCGCGGUGUCAACUGAACAGCUUCGUCAAUGGUGCGUGACAAGCGGGUAUGAGUACUUCGAGUGCUCCGCAAAGACGGGAUGGAACGUUGACUCGGCUUUCACAAAGGCGGCAACACUCGUCGCGUCAAGACAAAAAGAUGUACCUCAACAGGAACCACUCCCUUCAGUGCAAAUCGAUUUACAAGAACAACCAAAGAAAACGGGAUGCUGCUAA